CACAUCACAACCCAACCAAGACUUGAACAUCCACAGCUAGCCCCUCUAUAGGCAUUUAAUCCAUAUCCAACCCCCCUAUACACAUUUAAUCCGCAUCCAACCCCUCUAUAUACGUUUAAAUGUCCUCCCGCCGCUCUGCCAGAUCACGAUCCAACUACAGCGAAGACUUCGAGGCUCCCGACACACACGAGGUGCCUGACGACGACGAAGCGGGCUACGACGAAGACUCAGAGGUCACGCGGUGCGUGUGUGGCCAUGACGAGCUCCAGCCUCCACACCAGCGGGAAGAUCCGUCCUUUAACGACGAAAUGUCCGGCUUGUUCAUCCAGUGCGAGCUGUGCUCUGUGUGGCAACACGGCUACUGCGUGGGCCUUAAGAGUGAGGCGGCAGUUCCGGAAAAGUACUGGUGUGAAACAUGUCGCCCAGAUAUGCACACAUUGGUGUUCCGAGGCGAUAGAAAUUCGUCGCUUUACGACGCGACGCGCGAGCGCAGAGACAAGCGCAAGCCGAAACGCAGAGAGGAGGAAAAGGAGGCCCACCAGAAGCAAAAGGAUUUGAAGCGUGCCGAGCGCACUAGAGCCAUGGACAAAGAGUAUGAGCAAGACUUGAAGAAAGCGCUUGAAGAAAGCGCUAGGUUAGCUGCGCCCAAGAGACCUGUGGAAGACGAAAAGCCGGUCCCCACGGCCAAACUUUUGUCGUCUCACAAAAGACCACGCAGAAGCCCGGACGAGGUGAAGGACGAGGUGAAGGAAGAGGUGAAGGAAGAGGUGAAGGCGGAAAUGCAGCCUCCUCUGGCGCCGUCGUCCGCUGCCAGCAACGUCGCCGCUCCUGUUGAGACUACCCAUACAAACGACACCAGCCUCACAACCCCGGAUGACACGGCCAACUCGGACGAGUCAGCAAAGGCGCGCAAGCGGUCGCGGGCAAAGUCGGUGCCGAAGGUCGCGCCCAAGGCCGCACCCCUCGGUGACGCAGAUAAACCGUCUAAGCCGCGCUUGCCGCCGCCGAAGACAAGCCUCACCGAGAUGCGCAAGCGUGUUUCGGCAAUUCUUGAAUUUAUCGGGCGCACACAGGUGGAGUUGGCGAGUGAAACAAACGACAAGGCGUCGCUUGCUAAGCUUGUAGAGGAGUCCGAAGCCGAUGGCGACCAGGGAAAGGAGGAGGUCAGGCGCACAGUGGAGAAGUUUGAGGAUAAUUACCGAGAGACGUUUGGUGUUAUGGAUAGGUUGACUCGCAAGUUGUUAUUGUGGGAGCAGCAGUUUGGGAAGUAUAGCGAUAAAGUGUACUAGACCGAAAGUCAAUGUCUAAGAUGCUCCAAUGACAAGAAUAUAAGAGAGAAUCGUUGCUACACUCUCUAUUUCCUUGUUGUAUUGGGAUGACUGUCUCCCUGUGCCAAGACUAUCAGUGUGAUUUUACUAUCUUCAUGUUUUGUAUUUAUGUUAAACGUUUGCUUAUGGUAGGGUUGAGGAUGUAUCACUAGGGACGUCAGGCUCUGCAGGUUGAAAGAUGAGAUAAGUUUAACCUGUUUCUAACUUGGUUGUGUAUUAGAGCACUCGGAAGCCUCCCAAUAUAAAUUAUCCAAGUGAUGGAAUGCAGUCUAUCAAAAUGAUA